CUAAACUUAUCAAGCGCCGUUAGGGUCCUGCGCCUGUUUGCUCACAAGUCCUCCCUCCUCCACCAUAGUCGUUAGGGCCUCCGUUCCUUCCCCCCCAAAAUGGGAGCCUCGAUCCGUCCCGCGCAUUCUCUCCUGCUGGGCAUCCUGUUUUGUUUCGCGGUUUCCGUAGCAUUCGCCGACGAUACGCAAGUAGAAACCGCAUUCAUUCUUUGCGACGAAUUCGGCGAUCAUGUGGCAGCAGCAGCUGCGGCUCACAACAUCUCCGUCUGCGCCUUCGUGCUCCAAGGCGAGCCCGUGGACUUUGACCUCACCCCCGCUGCGACGACCAGUGCCCCUGCGAUCGCCGGCGAUGAGUCGUCGCUUCGGCGACACUUGCUGGGCGGCGGUGCGACGCCUGUUGCGAUCCAGCUGGCGCAGGGUCUUGUCGGCAAGACCGGGGAAGUCCGAACGCAGGUGACCGCGGGAACGUGGGAGACAGUUGGCACGAUCCUCGUCAGCGUCCUCACUGAGUCUCAACUCAUCAGCAGGAGCCUGGUGUGGGCGAUUAAAGACAUGUACGACACGUGGCGCACGCGCCCGCAAUCCGUGCAAAACCUCCAGGACGCGAUUCGCAACGUGAAUCGCGCGCACUCCAACCAGCAGACCCUGCUCUCAGUGCUGAAUAAGAACCCGCAGACGAAGAAAUCGAAGCAGCUGUCGUCCAUUCGCGAUACAGUCGCAUCCAUGACCCCCACGUUCACGCAGCUGCUCUCUCUGCUCGCCACGUGGCGCCGCAGAAUCUUCACGCUGUCACGGCGUCUGCACUUCACUGCCGAAUCUGCCGGCCUCGCCGUCGCGCAGGCCGAGCCGGCCGGGCCGGCAGGGGGGCCCAGCGAGCCGAGGCUCGCAGCGACUCUUAACCAUAAGAGCAAGAAGGACAAGAACAACAAUGACAACAACGACAGCACAACAACAAUAAUAACAACGACAAGAAGUCUAAGAAGGGCUCCUCCGGUGGCUCUAGUUCGAAUUCUGGCGGCAAGGGCAAGAAGAAGGGCCAGAAGGCCAAGGUUGGCGCGACGCAGGCGAUCAACGUGGUUGUAGCCGCAGACGGCAGCGGCGAUUAUAAAUCGAUUCAGGAUGCGGUGGACGCGGCUGGCCCCGGCUCGACAAUUCGCAUCAGGGCGGGAGUUUACAACGAGCAGGUGCAAGUGAGCACGGAUAGAAUCACGAUGAUUGGCGCGGGCAUGGAUCAGACGGUGAUUACGAACGACGCCAGCCAGAAGACCGGCUACGAUAUUAUCACCUCCGCUACAGUUGGCGUCAACGCGGACAAUUUCGUGGCGAUGAGCAUGACAAUUCGCAACACAGCUGGCAUCGGACGGUCAGCAGGCCGUCGCGCUUCGCGUCGACAGCGACCAAGCCGCAUUUUACCAGCUCCGGAUAUCCGCGUUUCAAGACACUCUGUUUGCCAGCACGGGCCGUCAAUACUACACCCGCUGUUUCAUCGACGGCGCCGUAGAUUUCGUGUUCGGCGACGCGGCGGUUGUGAUUCGUAACUCGCAGCUGAAGGUCCAGAUGUCGCCGUACGACACGACGAUCACGGCGUCGGGUCGCCUGAGCAAGUCGUCCAACACCGGGAUUGUGGUUAUGGACAGUCGCGUGGUGUCGUUCGCGCCGCGCGUGUUCCUCGGUCGGCCGUGGAAGGACUAUGCGAGCGUCGGUGUUUAUCAACGUUUGGCUAACGAAUAAAGUCGUUGCUGACGGCUGGAUGACGUGGGCGGGCCAGACGUACGGCGGAAAGCCGUUUCUCGCGGAAGUCAACAGCAAGGGGCCGGGCGCCCCAGCCUUCGCGCGUUCAAAUGGGCCAAGCCCGGAAUUGCGUCAUCCAGUGACGUCAGCCAAUACAACCCUAAUGCUUUCAUCCAACUCAACUCGUGGAUCGGCUCCACCAAAAUUCCCGUCUCCUAGUGUUUGAUGCAUCCUCGUUUCAGAGCUGCCUCGCUAGGCGAUAAGUACGGACUACGAGUUAUAUUACCCUCGCGCGACUAUGGCGGAGGCGUGAGUUGGUGGAAGGUGGGGGGUGGUGGGUCGGGGAAAUGCGGACACGCCAAAGGGCUGACUACAGCGGAGUCGUUUGCGGGCACAUUUGGGGAAUCCGUUUUGGGCACAUUCACUUGGCGCGACGCUUUCUUGUAGCUUUAUUAGGAGAUGGUACCCUUUACCAAAGGAAAUAAAAUUUUUUUCUGGUGCUACUCUCUUGGGAUAGAUACUACCCUGCUCUUGGACUGGCCGUACCGAGGUUCCUACUUGGCUGGA